AUGUCGGACGAUUAUAUGUCAGAUGAAAUUCUUAAUGGAAUAACGGAAAGUUCAACGGGAAUCGCAAAGUCAAGAGAACACCGACGAUUAUUAAAUAUAAAUGCGAGAUUUGAGGAGACAAGAGAAGAGAUUCGUCGCAAAAGAAUGACACCAGCCGAGCGAGAAAAAGAGCGACGAGAUGAAGCGUUAGCUCAGCCAAUCAGCGAAGAAUCGAAAGGUUUCGCUUUAUUGGCAAAAAUGGGUUUCAAGCCUGGAAUGACAUUGGGAAAGCAGCGCGAAGAUGAUGAUCGUCCGAAGCUCUCGGCGCCUAUUGUCAUAGAAGUUAAAGCGAAUCGCAAAGGAUUAGGCCAUGAAAAACACGAAGAAAACGAGAGAAACGAGAGAGUAGAGAUGCAUCUUAAAGCUAUGAAGGAGAGAGCCGAACAGCAUGAAGAAUUGAUUGACGAUUUUCGCAAAAGGAGGCGGGUUGAGAGCACUGUUAAAACGGUGCUGAAAGAUUUGCACACAUGUCGCAAAGCAUGUGAAGAAUUGGAUCUUAGAAUAAACCAACGUUUGCCAAGGGAAUCGUGGUUUUGGAGGAGUUUCAAAAUAAAGAAAGAAACCGAUGUUGUUGUGAGCUCAUUGUUUGGAGCUGCAGAGCAGCAGGAAGAGGAAAAAUAUCAAUACUCAAACGGAUUAGAUGCGCCGCCAGAAAUCGAUUACAGCACAUUUGACGAAGAGGCGAUUCGUAGUCGAUUGCAGAAAAUCGUCGAAUACUUGCGCGAUCAGCAUUUUUAUUGUUCGUGGUGUGGCGCGCAGUACGAAGAUGCUGACGAUUUGGCGGAGAACUGUCCGGGCGAUUCGCGAACUUCUCAUGAUAGUAAUGAUUACCAUGAUGAUUAA